GCCGCCUGCUGCGGGGCCGGGCCGUGCAUGGCGGAGGGCGCGGCGCUGCGGGCCGUGAGGGGCUGCCUGGCCGCCUUCCCGCGGGAGGCCCGCGAGCUGGGCUGGCCGGAGUCCAUUCCCUAUCUUGAUAGGCCUCCGUCCCCGCUGGAGUUCUAUCGAGAGUGGGUGAGUCCGAAUAAACCCUGUGUAAUCCGCAACGCCAUCAGCCACUGGCCGGCUCUGAAGAAAUGGACCUCAGCGUACCUCAGGGAGGUGGUAGGUCCCAAGGUGGUGAGUGUGGCAGUGACACCAAAUGGUUAUGCAGAUGCAGUGUUUCAGGACCGUUUUGUCAUGCCAGAGGAGCGCCAAAUGCCUUUCAUGGACUUUUUGGACAUUGUGGAGAAGAAAGUGACCUCCCCUAACGUAUUCUAUGUGCAGAAGCAGUGCUCAAACCUCACUGAGGAGUUCCCUGAACUUGUCUGUGAUGUGCAGCCUGACAUACCAUGGAUGAGUGAGGCACUGGGGAAGAAGCCUGAUGCUGUGAAUUUCUGGCUUGGGGAGUCAGCUGCUGUGACGUCUUUACAUAAAGAUCAUUAUGAGAACUUGUACUGUGUAAUUUCUGGAGAGAAAUAUUUUCUACUGCAUCCACCAAGUGACCGUCCCUUCAUCCCAUAUGAGCUCUAUCAGCCAGCAACCUACCACGUAUCAGAAGAUGGUUCAUUUGAAAUUGUGGAUGAGAAGACUGCAGAGAAGGUGCCCUGGAUCCCUCUGGACCCCUUGAACCCUGAUCUGGAACUGUACCCAGAGUAUGCUCAGGCAAAGCCUUUGCAGUGUACAGUGAAAGCUGGUGAGAUGUUAUAUCUGCCUUCUCUCUGGUUCCAUCAUGUUCAGCAAUCACAUGGCUGUAUUGCAGUGAAUUAUUGGUAUGACAUGGAAUAUGACAUCAAGUACAGCUAUUAUCAACUACUAGAUUGUCUCACAAAAGCUGUGAAAAUGCUAUAGCAAAGGUGGGAGACUUGAGCCUGUGAUGUCUGUUUCUGAUGUGAUGCAAUCAUCAGCAUCUGUGACUGAAGU